AUGGCCGUCUUUGCCAGCUUCAGAAACCUCGUUGUUGCCACCUUCGUUUUCUACGCCGUGUACCUUUUCUCGUACAAGUGCCCUCAGGUUGUGGACCACCCAAUUGAGCAGUCGGCCCGCUCCAUCUUCAGCCCUUUGGCCUCCACACAUAAGCACUUGUGUGGCCACUUGAACCACGGCCACCAGCUCGCUACUCCUUACUUGGAGAAGGCCCACGGCUUCUUGGACGAACACGUGCACUCCACUGCUUUCUUCAAGGAGAACAAGAUUGAGGACAAGAUCGAAUGCGCAAAGGGCAAGUUCAACACCCACGUCUACCCUUACGUUGUUAAGCUUUGGGAGGGCGUCGAGAUCGCCGAGGCCCAGUUGUUCGACGCUGGCUACAAAGCCUACGGCCACGUGGAGAACCACUUCCACAAGACCGUUGCGCCUAAAGCGGAGGAGUUCAAGGACGCCGUCGUGGAUCAGGCCGAGGCCGUCAAGGAAGAGGUCCACUCCAAGUUUGACUAA